AUGUACCAAUUCGCAAUGAAGUUUAACAAGGAGCUGGAUAUGAUGGAAAAAGCUGGUAUAAGCGAAAAGAAGAACUCAAAGGAAUCACCGGGCUCCUCUGGAAGCGAAUCUAAGGAUGCUAAAGAAGCAACGGGCUCAAAGGAUAAGAAGAAAAAGUCCAAAAAUGGUAGCAAGAAGUCGUUAAAGACAAAAUCGAAGAAGAAGGGCAACAAGAAAGGGAAAAAGGACAAUAACGGCGACAACAAUGACAAGGGUCAAAACAAAGACAACAAUAGUAAUGUUAUUGGCAAUAACAAGAAUGUUGUGCAGAUGUAG